UUUCAGUGAACUGUAUGCCCCCACUCCGAGUCAUUGCUCAUCCAGCCUCUUGGCCGACAAGUUCACCAAUGAAAAAUUAGUUUAAUUUAAUUAAUUUGAAAAAUAAAGAUGGAAAGAGUGUUGAGCGCGUUGAUUGUUGUGUUGGCGGUCAGUUUUUACGGAGUGUCAGGAUUUCCCUGGAAGUUGAUUCACAGGUCCAUUGAAGAAAAUGUUGGAAUUACAUUGAAUCAAAUAGCGGAACCCCUUAUGGAGAACGAAUCAAAGGUUUUUCAAACUGAAUUCCAUAAAUUGGCCUCAAAUAAAAAUGACGAGCUGACGAUUGCACGUCAAAUUCUCGAGCGCGUUCCUCUCAUUGACGGGCAUAAUGAUUUACCGCACGUUAUUCGACUCCUGGCCGAGAGUCAACUGGCUAGCUUCAAUUUGACAGAUCUUGCAGAUAAGAAUCCUUGGAAAUCUGAUCCUUCGUCGCAUACUGACAUUCUCCGUCUCCGACAAGGGAAGCUGGGCGCUCAAUUUUGGGUGGCGUAUACGAAUUGCAAUACUCAGCACAAUGAUUCGCCGCAAAAGACGAUCGAACAAAUUGAUCUCAUCUACCGCUUGAUUGACUUGUAUUCAGACACUUUUCAACUAGCCACCACAGCUCAAGAAAUUGAGGACAUCUUUGCAUCGGGUAAAAUUUCCAGUCUGAUUGGAGUUGAAGGUGGUCACUCCAUUGGAAAUUCCCUCGGUGUAUUGCGCACUUUCUAUCGACUCGGAGUUCGUUACAUGACUCUCACCCAUUCGUGUCCGACUCCAUGGGCUGACAAUUCACAGCUGGAUAACCCGGGUCAGGAACCUAUUCACGAUGGACUUACCAGUUUUGGAGAAGCAAUAGUCCAAGAGAUGAAUCGCUUGGGCAUGAUGGUGGACAUUUCGCAUGUGUCGGUCUCGACAAUGGAAGACGUAUUGAACGUGUCGAAAGCGCCCGUGAUUUUCAGUCACUCGGGGGCAUUUUCCGUUUGCAACAAUACUCGAAACGUGCCCGAUCAUAUCCUUCGUCGAUUGGCGAAAAAUGACGGAAUUAUCAUGGUGGUAUUUUAUAACGAAUUCAUCGCCUGCGGUCAGUCGGCAAGCCUCAACGAUGUGGUGCGCCACAUCGAACACAUUCGUAAUGUUAUCGGGGAAGAUUACAUUGGACUCGGUGGUGACUUUAACGGAGUUGAUAGGGUUCCCACUGACUUGGAUGAUGUUUCAAAGUAUCCCAACCUCUUCGCGGAAUUGUUACGUCGCGGUUGGAGCGAAACAGAUUUAGAAAAAUUGGCUGGUAGAAAUAUGCUGCGCGUGAUGCGUCGUGUUGAGCAGGUUAAAAUGGAACUCUUAUCCAUGGAGCCGAUUGAAGAAUGGAUUCCGGCCGAAGACCUCCGACCUGAGCACAAGCAAUGUCUCACCGAGUACAGUUAAUUUUUCAUCGAUAGAUUUCUUCACGGUUGAUUCAUCAGCAGGUUCUAAGAAUUUGAACCGCGCAAUUUAAAUUUGUAUUCGCCUCCACGCGCACCAUAGCAAUCGUUUAAAAUUACCCUCGCUUGAUUCCUUAUACCAAAUUCUAUUAUAAUUGUCAAUCGAAAAGAGAAACUUGUGUUUGCUUCACGCUCAGUCAUCAAACAGUCUGAAUUGAAUGGCUAGACUGAAUAAUUUGAUUUCAAAGAAGAUAGUAUCAGGUUUGUGCAAAAAUGUCUAGACUGCCAAAUAAAUAGCGCUUUAUACAUUGA